AUGCUUGGCUGGGGUAUUAAUGCCCAUGGUCAACUUGGUCUAGGUCCAUCAGCAGUAACAAGUUUUAUUCCUACACCACAACGUAUACAAUUUUUUAAUGAUUAUACAUGUAUACAAGUUGCAUGUUCAUUAACACAUUCAGUAUUUUUACUUGAUGAUGGAAGUGUUUAUACGGCAGGAAAUAAUGAAUAUUCACAAUUAGGUCGAGAAGGUCGAACGACUGUACCUGAAAAAGUUAUAUUACCUCAACAGGUUAAUGCUGUUCAAGUAGCAUGUGGACAACAUUUUUCAGUUUGUUUAACAACAAAUGGAAAAAUAGUUAUUUGGGGUUCAAUAAGUGGAAAAGUAACAAAUGAUGAUGGAUUUUUUUAUGAAAGACCUGAAUAUUUGGGAGGAUUUAGUGAAAAACGAAUGAUACAAAUAGCUACAGGAUAUACUCAUUGUCUUGGAUUAACAGAUGAUGGAACAGUCUAUGCAACAGGAGUUAAUGCACAUGGACAACUUGGUUUAGGACAUAAUCAUGAUUGUAUUCGUGCAACUCCAAUUGUAUGUCUUCGAGGUAGUCCAAUUGUUUUUAUAGCUUGUGGUGCAUAUCAUUCAUUGAUUGUAUCAAAAAGUGGAACUGUUUUCACAUGCGGUCAAAAUUCAUCAGGUCAAUUAGGUCUUGGUGAUACUGAUUCUCGUAUAUGGCCAAGUAAUGUUAAAUCAUUACAACAACAAAAAGCUACAUAUGCAUCAUGUGGAGAAAAACAUUCAGUUGUUAUUACACUUGAAGGAGGUGUUUUUUCAUUUGGAUCUAGUUCACAUGGACAACUUGGACAUAAUUCUACAAAUGAUGAAUUAUUACCAAGAAAAAUAUCGGAAUUAAUGGGUUCAGAAGUUUCACAAAUAGCUUGUGGAAGAUCUCAUACAGUUAUAUUCAUGCCAAAUGUUGGUCAAAUAUCUACAUUCGGAUUAGCUUGUGCAGGUCGUGUAGAUACAAAAAUAACAACAUAUGCAACAAUACCACAAAAAUUAGCAAUGCCAUUUUUACCAUAUAAAACAAUGAAACAACUCCAUAGACAAAUAUCAACAGAUAGAAGUCAUACAUCAUCAAAUCGUAAAUAUAGAGUAGGAGAAACAAAACCUGUACAAACAAAUCUUCAAGUUAUUGGAAUAUAUGCUGGUGGUCAUCAAAUAUUUGUUCGAAUUUCUUCUCGAGCACAACGUCCAGAUGAUUAUCGAACUUUAUAUACCAGUCGUCCACUUCUUGAAUUAAAUCUUGAGGUUGCUAAAUGGCUCAGUAAUGUUCCUUAUAGUGCAGAUACAUUUAAAGAUGUUGAAAGAAAAUUAUCUCGAUUAUUUAAUACUGAAGCAUGUUUAAAUGGUUCAUUUUUAUCAUUGCCUGAUACACAUUUUCGUACAUCAUCAAGUAAUCCAGGUAUUGAUCUUGAUCAAGUUAUUGCUGUUAUGGAAAAAUUACGUUCAUGUGAUCCAAAAAUUCAAGAUUUGUUAUUUGAACAUAUUCAAUCAAUACUUUUAACAUUACCUGAAACAGCUCCAUGUUUUGAAGCAUUACGUAUUUAUCUUGUUUUACCAUUUUGUCAUAUAUUUGAAAAUGAAGAAUCAUUUGAAACUGUCACAGCACCAUUUGCACAAGCUGCUACACGUUUAAAAAAAACAGCUGACGGAAGAGUAUUAGAUUAUUGGAUAUUACAUAUUGGAAGAAAAUUUGUACAAAGAAUAAUUGAAUUAUAUAAACCUCUUGUUAUUAAAAUUAUUCAAAUAAAUAGUAUGGGUUCAGCUUUGGCAGCAGAACAAUAUCAAACAGUUUUAGAAGCGAUUUUGGAAUUAUUAAAGAAAGUUCAUAAUGUUUCAUGCAAUAUGGCUAAACCAGAAUUAGUACAACAUGAUGCAUUUUAUAUGAAAGAAUUGAAUGAUAUGAUUGAUAUUAAACGUGAUUAUGAUUUUUGGCAAGCACGUCGAUAUUUGUCUAUUGAUAAAAAAAUUGUUUCAUUUUGUGAUUAUGCAUUUCUUUUUGAUUUGAAAGCUAAAAUUUUAUUACUUCAAUAUCAUGGUCAAUGUGAAAUGCAAGAAGCAAUUCGUAAUGCUUUUAUGCAUAAUUUUCAAACAAUGAUGGGAGCUCGUGUAGAAACAGUUAAUCCUUUACUUAUGUUACAUGUACAUCGUAAUACCAUCGUGCAAGAUACAAUUGCUCAAUUAGAUAAAUAUAAAGAUGAUGAUUUUAAAAAACCAUUACAAGUUUAUUUUCAUAAUGAAGAAGGUCUUGAUGCUGGUGGUAUACGAAAAGAAUUUUUUCUUUUAUUAACAAAAGAAAUCUUAAAUCCAAAAUAUGGAAUGUUUACUAUAUAUGAAGAAACAAAUACAAUUUGGUUUAAUGAUUUUUAUCAUGGAGAAGAAGAACCAAUGUAUAAAUUAAUUGGUACACUCUGCGCAUUAGCUGUAUAUAAUAUAACAAUAAUUGAUCUUCCAUUUCCAUUAGCUCUUUAUAAAAAAUUAUUAAAUAAAACAAAAAUAGAUCUUGAUGAUAUGAAAUCAAUAUCACCAACAAUAUAUAACAGUCUUAAAUCAUUAUUAAAUUAUAAAGCAGAUGAUCUUGAAACAACACUUUGCUAUGCAUUUGAUAUUGAACGUGAACAUUAUGGUGAAAGACGUCGUAUUGAAUUAAAACCAGGUGGUUCAUUAAUAAUGGUUAAUCAAAAAAAUAAACAAGAAUUUGUUGAUUUAUAUAUUGAUUAUGUAUUUAAUAAAUCAUGUGAAAAACAAUUUCAAGCAUAUUCAGCUGGUUUUCGUCGUGUUAUUAAUUCAAAACCACUUGAAUUAUUUUAUCCUGAUGAAUUAAUGUCAUUUGUCAUUGGUAAUACAAAUUAUGAUUGGAAUGAAUUUCAGAAAAAAACAGAAUAUAAAGGAGAAUAUCAUGCCAAUCAUCCGGUGAUUCAAUGGUUUUGGCAAGUAUUUCAUAAAUUAGUUGACAAUGAAAAAAAGAAAUUUCUUUUAUUUCUAACUGGAUCCGAUCGUGUACCAGUUUUUGGAUGGAGUCAAACACUACCAAUGACAAUUCAAAGAAGUCAUACCGAUGAUUUACAUUUACCUGUUAGUCAUACAUGUUUUAAUGUCCUUGAUUUACCAUCAUAUUCAUCAAAAGAAAUUCUGAAAGCUAAAUUAUUUCAAGCUAUUCAACAUAAUCAAGGUUUCAAUCUCGUUUAA